UAUAUAUAUAUCUUUAUACCAGGUUUGGACCCUGCAGGCCCAGGGUUUGGCGGGAAACGGGUGAGGAACUUCUGUCGUCUAGACAAAUCCGAUGCAACUUUUGUUGACGUCAUACACACUGACGGUGAACUGAUCGCAAUGGGAGGGCUUGGGCUCAUGGAUGAGCUUGGCCACCAAGAUUUCUACCCCAACGGAGGGACGGACAUGCCCAAUUGCUACUUCAGCAUCAUCUGCGACCAUAUGAAAGCCAUUGCAUACUACACCGAGAGCAUCUCCAAAAGUACCCCAUGCCGCUUCAGGCCCACCACUUGGGCACCUAAAUGGGACAACUACAAGAAGGGAAUACAAACCCGGGACUGUCGGAACAUGGCUUGUCCCGAUAUGGGUUACACUGCAAGUCCCAUUCAUGACGAAGGCGUGUUUUAUCUCAAAACAAAUAAAAUAUUAUCCCUUCUGUCAAGGCUAACGAAGACCUACAAGCUAAAGAAACAAAGUGGCCACUUCAGAUCCACAAUGUCGGCUAAGUUGGGGAAACUAACCCACGAUGAGCCUCCGAUGUACCUCCAGCGCCCCUCCUCGGGUCGAUCCCAGGACGUGACCCAUGUCUUGGCCAGGACCUUCAGAGACAUCUUCACAAGAGACUUGGUGGAGCAGGAGACGGUUAAGAAUCUCAACAAGUGA